AUGGUGCGAAGUGGUGGUGGAGGGGGAUUUUACAGCAAUGGAAGAAGUAGUAAACAGUUUGGUGGUAAGUAUGGAAAUGGAGGAGAAGGAGGUUUUGCUUUUAUAAUUGGACGAGCAGGAGGACGUGCCAGAACUAACAAUGCCGUUGGUGGAUUCGGAGGUGGUGGUGGAGCAUAUGGUAAUGGUGGAGGAGCAGGUGGAGGAGGUGGUUACUCAGGUGGAGCAUCGGGAGAAAAUGUGUCCGGAUCUUGUGGUGGUGGAGGUGGAUCUUAUAAUGCAGGAAAAAAUCAAGUGAACAAGUCAGCAUUUAAUGACAAAGGAGACGGAUAUGUCAUUAUCACUCGAAAGAGAUAG